AUGGAAUACUUUCGUGUCCAACACGAACAGGAUUUGAAGCUCGUCUCGGCCAAUCCGAACCAGCGCAACUGGCGAGGGAUUCUGAUUGCCUUGCUCGUAAUCAUCGUCGUGCUGGCCCUCAUCGUAACCUCCGUGGUACUUCUUACGCCACCGGACGAAGGACCUCGCGUGAAGGGCCAACGGAUACGAUUGCAGGACAUCAUCGAUGGCGAGUACGCGCCGAAGAAGCUGAACGGAAGCUGGAUUGGGCCCGACGAAUUCCUGUACCAAAACCACUGGGGAGAAAUAAGUUUACUCAGCAUGAAUAAUCUCUCGGAACGGGUGCUGAUGUCCAACACGACGCUGAAAACGCUCGCCCCAGUGAAGUUCUCCAUAUCAGCCGACCGGAGGUUCCUUUUGCUGGCCCAGAACGAGAAGAAGCUAUUCCGCCAUUCGUACCUCGCUCAGUACAGCGUUUACGAUAUCACCACAAGCGAAACGACCCCGCUGGCUAUUCGGCCGAAGGAAGAGGAAUGGCCGUUCCUGCUGCACGCCGAGUUCACUCCCAAAGGGCAAGCCAUCGUGUUGGUGUACAAGUACGAUAUCUACUACAAGCCGUCGGCCCAGGCACCGCAGACGUACCGGCUGACGAAGAACGCCAUUCCCGGGAUUGUCCACAACGGUGUGCCCGAUUGGCUGUACGAAGAGGAAAUCCUACACACCAACAAGGCCAUCUGGCUUUCCAACGAUGGCCACCUGAUGCUCUACACCACCUUCAACGACACGCUCGUCCAGGAGCAACAGUUCGCCUGGUACGGCACGCCGACCGGUGACAUCAAUCUCUACCCAGAAAUCCGCUCGCUUCGAUACCCGAAACCGGGCACACGCAACCCAACCGUCACGCUGAACGUGGCCGACCUGACGGACCCGAAGAGCAUCCGGAUGAACCUGCUGACGCCGCCACCGAUUCUGCUCAGCCAGGAGCAUUACUUCACGAGCGCAUCCUGGGUAUCGCCAUCGGAGGUCAGCGUCGUGUGGAUGAACCGCCCACAGAACCUUUCCGUCGUGACGCUCUGCAAAAGCCCGAUGUGGUACUGUCAAGAGACUCACCGGAUCAGCGGCGAUGGACGCGGCUGGGUCGACGAGAUGUCCGUACCGUUCUUCAGCCUUAAUGGCAGCUCGUACAUUGCCAUUUCACCGCUCCGAGAUGGCACCGCAGGACACUUUCGACAUCUGGUGCACGUGCACAUCGGCAAGAAGCGUAUCAUCCCGCUGACGCACGGUCGGUUUGAGGUGAGCAAAAUCCUCCACUGGGAUCAGGCGAAUAAUUUUGUGUACUAUCUCGGGAUUCCGGAGCACUCGCCCGCUCAGCAGCACCUCUACCGGGCGUCCUCGUUGCCCCCGAAGCAGGGAACAUCCCCACGGCCACCUCGGUGCCUGACCUGCACCCAUCAGCACGGUUCGCACGCACAUGUCACCAUAAAGGCGUCGAACCGAGUCCAGCAGCAAUGGAACGACGACUGGGAGGAUGUUGGAGAGGAGGAAGAGGAGUACGUCGAGGUGCCCCUGACCACACCGCCCUCGAAGCGGAAACGGAAGCCGACGGAACCGGGCACGGUGGCACCACCGCCGCCACCGACACCCUGCCAGUACUUCACGACCGUAUUCGCGCCCGGCAACAGUGAGUUUGCUUUGAUCGAGUGCCUCGGCCCGAUCGUGCCGUUCAGCGCCAUCUAUCGGAUCAUACCGGACACCACCAAGGCGCCGACUCAGGUGCUCUACUACCUGCAAAACAACACGGCACUGGCCGAUCGCGUCGGUAAGGUGGCGCUCCCGCAGGUUAAGUCCUUCCCGGUGAUGAUCUCCGGUGGCUAUCACGCUCAGGUGCGCAUGUUUCUGCCACCGGGACUGCGCGAGGACGAAAUCACACGCUAUCCGAUGAUCGUGCACGUAUACUCCGGCCCAGGAACGCAGCUGGUGACGGACAAGUGGCGCAUGGACUGGAACACAUAUCUGGCCGGCACGAAGGACUACAUCGUGACGCAGAUCGAUGGCCGAGGUUCGAGUGGCCAGGGCUACCAGCUGCUACACGAGGUCUACCGAAGGCUCGGCACGGUCGAGGUGUCCGAUCAGCUCGAGGUCGCCGAGUACCUGCGCGAUAGUUUGCACUUUGUGGACAAACGGCGCGUGGGUAUUUGGGGCUGGAGUUACGGUGGCUAUACGGCGGCGUUGGCUAUGGCGAGCCCUACCAGCUUGUUCCAGUGCGGCAUUAGCGUCGCCCCGGUGACCAACUGGAAGCUUUAUGAUUCGACCUACACCGAACGCUUUAUGGGCAUGCCGAAUGUGACCGACAACUACAAGGGCUACGAGGACAGCGAUCUCUCGAAGCAUGCCGAAAAGCUGCGGGACAAGCAAUUCCUCAUGGUUCACGGCACGGCGGACGAUAAUGUGCACUUCCAGCAGAGUGUGGUCUUCUCGAAAGCGCUCUCCAGCAAGGGCGCACUGUUCAAGCAGCUGAUUUACCCGGACGAGGGCCACAAUCUGGCCGGCGUCAAGAAGCACCUCUACCGGUCGAUGACGCUCUUCUUCGAGGACUGCUUCCGAAAGCUGGUACCACAAGACGUGAAGGCCGGCCUGGGAAACGGUGGUUCCAGUGAUUAA